UUCCGCCAUGGCGGGGCGUAUCCUAAACCACAUACGGCGGUCCAAGGAGCAGCCCGCCUCCCCCAAAACCGACGAGCCGUCCCCCUCUUCCGCCCUCGACCUUGCGCGCUGCCACAGCACCGGCAGCGGCGCCUCCAACUCCCGGCCCAACACCCCCACAUGCCGCUCCCCUAGCUUCACCUCCUCGCGCACGGGCUCCGGAGGGGGUUCUGCGCUUCCGCCCGUGCCGUCGCGCGACCAGGCGGAAGCCGCGCGGCUGCUGCGCGAGCUGGCGCUGCGGUCGGAGGAGGCGGAGCGCGCGGCGGCGGCGUGGCGGCAGCAGGCGGACGAGAUGCACCGGCUGCGCGCGGAGCGGGACGACCUGCGGCGGCAGAAGGCGGAGCUAACGACGCGCGCGGGGCAGCUGGAAGCGGAACUGUUCGCGGUGAAGAUGGGGCAGACCCCUCAAACCACGGGCAGCACCCCUAAGAGCACAGCAGCAGCUGCAGGCUCCUCAGCAGACACGGUCGCCCUGCAGCAGCAGCGGCUAGAGUCCCUUUUCAAGGAAAACGCGCAGCUGAGAGAUCAACUCACAGAGGCACAGAGACUAGCAGAAGAGUGGGAAUUCGCCAAGGCAAGAGUAGAGGACGAGUGGGAGGACCGGCUGAACCAGGCGCAAGCAGCCACAGGGCGGGCGCUUGGAGAGAGAGAGCAGCUGUUUGCAGAGCUGGAGCAGGCAAAGGAGAAGAUUGCUUCUGAGAGCUCUGUGAAGAAGAAACUAGAGGAGAGCCGAGCGCUUUUUGAGAGCGAGUUAAGGCAGGAGAUUCGGUCGAAAGUGGCUCUGCUGGAAGCAGAGGUGUCGCGGUUGAGUGUGGAGGUGAAAGCUGCGACGAACCGGGCGGAAAUGUCGGAGAAAGGCCUGGUGGAGGCGCAGGUUCGGGUGGCGGACAUGGAGGCUCGGGAGCGGGAGCAUGCCGAGGCUUCAGCUGCGGUAGCGGAGCAGCAUGCGUCGCUGCUGUUUAAUAUGGAGACGGAGAUUGAAGGGGCGGAGCAGAGGGAGUCGGAGGCGAGGGCAGAUGCGGAGCGGCUUGCAGCGGAGGUGAGUAAGUUGAAGGGCGAGGCGGAGGAGAUGUUUCGGGCGAAAACAGAUGCGGUUUCAGAGCUGAUGCUGAUGAAAGGCGAUGUGGAGAGGUUGGAGAAGAGCAAACAGGUUGCUGAGGCGGCUGCGCUAGAAUUGCGGACUAAGCUUGUAGCUGCAAAGAAGCUAGAGGAGAAGCUGAAGAGACGCUCGCAAAUCGACGUGUCUCAGAAGCUACGCGAUUCCGGUGAUCUUCUGAAGCAAGGCGAUGCGGUUCUCGACAACGGCGACAUCGAGACUGCCAUCCAGCUCUUCGGUUCCGCGCUCGAAUCGCGAGUCGCUGCGUUCGGCGAGCUCGGCGAGGAAUGCGCUGUGGCGUACUAUAAGUACGGCUCCGCCCUCUUCGCCAAGUCGCAGCGCGACACGGACGUGCUGGGCCCUGCAGGGCAGAAGCUAGAGCAGGGAAAGGAGGAGGAAGAAGAUGUGGAAGCAGAGGAGGGCGAGGCAAUGGAAGAGACGGAAGAUGCCCCUGAUGCAGCCGACGCAGCUGAGGAGGAGGAUUUAGAGGACGCAGAGGACGGGGACGAGGAGGAGGAGGGCGACCAGGAGCUCGCAUGGCGGCUGCUGGAGACGGCUCGGUGCAUCUACGCGAAGCGCGACGCGAGGAGCCUGGAGGAGGUGGAUGUUAUCUCCACGCUCGCGGAUCUUAGUCUUGAAAAGGAGGACUUCGAUGCGUGCAUGGAGGACUAUCAGCACGCGCUGCACCUGCUCUCACUGCUCGUGUCUCCGCACCACCGACGCGUCAUCGAACUGUAUUUCAAGAUGGCGUUGGCGAAUCAGACGGGCAACCGCGCGCCUGAGGCUCUCCGGUGCUGCCGGCAGGCCAUAGACGCGUGUGAGAAGCGCAUUGCACAGGCGCAAACGCUUCUUGAUGCGAAACGGAAGCUGAAAGCAGCAGGGAAGGAGGGCGGUGAGAGUGUGGCUAGUGGGAGUGCCGCCGCUGCUGAAGGUGCUAGUGCGGGGGUAGAAGCUACGAAGGAUGCGGAUGAAGCUGCAGGGAACGAAGUGAAGGGGGAAGCGAAGGGAGAAAAGAAGGGAGAAGAAGAGACGAAAGGGGAAGAGAAGACAGAGGAAGAGCAGAAAGAGGAAAAGAAAGAGGAAGAGAAGAAUGGGGCAGAGAAGGACGAGCAGAAGGCAGGGGAAGCUGCAAAGGGUUCUGUGGACAAGGGAAAGGGUAGGGCGGAGGAGCGCGAGGCCAUUCCGUACGACUCGAUAGACGGGAGCAGCAGCGAGGAGGAGCUGGUGCGGGAGAUACAAGACGUGCAGCAGAUCGCCAGUGACCUCAAGGAGAAGGCAGAGGAGCUUCAGGAGAUGAUUCGCCUGCCCUCUCUGAAGCAAUUGCAAGCAGAGGUUAUUCCCUACUCAGGCGAAUUCCAGCUGAUACGUUGA